CAUUGUUAACCAUGGCUGGAAGGCAGACGAAGCAGGCAUUGUUGAUGGUUCUCUGGCUCAGCACUUGCAUGUUCAUCCUCUGCUCCUCUGCCUCACUGAGCUCUAGAGUUGGUGGGAGGAACAUUUCAUUCACUUACAAGGAAGGAAAGGGGGAGAGAGGGCCAAAGGAAUGGGGAUCAUUGAGCCCAAAAUGGAGAGCUUGUGGGAAUGGGAAGUUGCAGUCUCCCAUUGAUGUUCUAAGCCAUGGAGUUGAAGUCUCCCCUGAAUUGGGGAAGUUACAGAGAGACUAUAAACCAGCUCCUGCUACUGUCAAGAACAGUGGACAUGACAUCAUGGUCAAAUGGAAAGCUGAUGCAGGGCAGAUUAGGGUAAAUGAGACUUACUACAAGUUGGUCCAAUUCCAUUGGCAUACACCUUCUGAGCACACAUUUAAUGGCUCAAGGUAUGAAUUAGAGCUACAUGUGGUUCACUCAAGCUCCAAUGGAGGAACAGCUGUGAUUGGAAUUGUUUACAAGUAUGGGAAGCCUGAUCCAUUCCUUUCCAAGGUAGUAAAAAACUACCAUCUGUUGCGUGACAUAAAGAAGACAAGAAAGGGCGGAAAGGAUAUAGAGGUGGGGAUCGUGAAUCCAGGAGACAUCAAAUUCGGGAGGAGAAAGUACUAUCGAUACAUCGGGUCACUGACAACUCCCCCAUGCACCGAAGGAGUUGUUUGGACGAUUGUGAAAAAAGUGAGGACUGUUUCAAGAGCACAAGUCAAAGCAUUGCGUAAUGCGAUUUAUAAGGGAUUUAAGACUAAUGCAAGACCAACUCAAGGAGCAAAUGAAAGGGUGGUCAAGUUAUACAAAUAAUGAAUCCUCUUUUGCAUCGGAUUUAGUGGAUGCUCUGCACUCCAGCUUAUUUAGCUUGUCUUUCCCAUAGGAAUCACUAUUACUAAGUAUUUGAUUAGUAACUUAAUUAAACCUCUCAUCAAAGACUUAUAUUCUAUAGAGAAAAAUGCUAUGGCAUUGCCAUAAAAAAGAAUGUACUUAUUGGG